UGACAGGAGAAAGCGGAAGAGGAGAUCGUGGUGUCUGGGUAAGGAGCUAAUUCGAAAGCCACCAUGCAGAGUACAGCUAACUACCUAUGGCUGAUCGCAGAUCUGCUGGGCCAAGGUGCCACAGCCAACGUGUACCGUGGUAGACACAAGAAAACUGGUGACCUCUAUGCUGUCAAGGUGUUCAACAACAUAAGUUUCCUGCGGCCUCUAGAUGUACAGAUGAGAGAGUUUGAGGUGCUGAAGAAACUCAACGACAAGAAUAUUGUCAAACUCUUUGCUGUUGAGGAGGAGUCAAACACGCGUCACAAGGUCCUGGUUAUGGAAUACUGUCCAUAUGGCAGUCUUUACACAGUACUGGAAGAACCAUCUAAUGCUUACGGCCUCCCUGAAGAUGAGUUUCUCAUUGUGCUGCAAGAUGUGGUGGCUGGAAUGAACCAUUUGCGGGAGUAUGGAAUAGUUCAUCGGGACAUUAAGCCAGGGAACAUCAUGCGUGUGAUUGGAGAAGAUGGGCGCUCGGUGUACAAGCUGACAGAUUUUGGCGCAGCACGAGAGCUGGAAGAUGAUGAACAGUUUGUGUCACUGUAUGGGACGGAGGAAUACCUGCAUCCAGACAUGUAUGAGCGUGCAGUGUUGAGGAAAGACCACCAGAAAAAGUACGGAGCCACAGUGGACCUGUGGAGUAUUGGGGUAACAUUCUACCAUGCUGCUACCGGUAGCCUACCAUUCAGACCAUUCGAGGGACCACGAAGAAACAAGGAAGUGAUGUAUAAGAUCAUUACAGAGAAGCCAUCAGGGGCAAUCUCAGGACAGCAGAGGUUUGAGAAUGGCAAGAUCGAGUGGAGUUCCGAGAUGCCAGUAUCCUGCAGCCUCUCUAAAGGUCUACAGAGUCGACUGACCCCAGUUCUGGCAAACAUAUUGGAAGCAGACCAGGAUAAGUGCUGGGGCUUUGACCAAUUUUUUGCUGAGACCAGUGACAUCCUGCACCGUAUUGUGAUUUACGUUUUCAGCCUACAACAGGCCACGCUCCACCAUGUCUACAUCAACAUAUACAACACAACCCAAACAUUCCAGGAACUACUCUUUAACUGCACCAACAUCAACCCUUGCAACCAGGAGCUGAUGUAUGAGGGCAGACGCCUCAUCCUGGACCCCAACAGACAGGCACAGACAUUUCCUCGCACCAGCAGGGACAAUCCCAUCAUGCUCCUUAGCAGAGAGCUUGUCAAUACUGUCGGGCUUAUCUUUGAAGACCCAAGCCCUCCUAAAGUGCAGCCAAGGUAUGACUUGGACCUGGAUGCCAGCUAUGCUAAGACAUUUGCAGGAGAUGUGGGUCACUUGUGGAAAACCUCUGAAUCGUUACUCAUCUACCAGGAGCUGGUGAGGAAAGGAGUGAGGGGUCUAAUAGAACUGAUUAAAGAGGACUUUAAUGAGACAGCACAUAAAAAAGCAGAGGUUUUCCACAUGUGCAACUACUCCAGUCAGACUUUAGAGAAGACUGAACAGAUAUGUGAAGCGGUAAUGCAGGGAAACAUGUUAUCAGCUGAAUUUGAUGAAAUCUCAGACAUGCGCAAACAAGUGAAGAGACUGUCUAACUCACUGGGUUCCAUGGAUCAGACCAUGCAGGACAUCAAAAACAAAUUUCUUCCUGGGGGCACACUGACAGAUACAUGGACACAGCAAGUGGGCACACACCCUAAAGACAGAAAUGUGGAGAAAAUAAAGGUUCUUCUUGAUGCCAUAACUUCCAUCUAUCAGCAGUUUAAGAAGGACAAAGCUGAGCGACGUUUACCUUACAAUGAAGAGCAAAUCCACAAAUUUGACAAGCAAAAGCUAGUGUACCAUGCUACCAAAGCCCUUGCCCUGUUUACAGAUGAGUGUGCAAUGAAGUACCGUCUCUUCAUCUCUAAGAGUGAGGAAUGGAUGAGGAAGGUGCAUCAGAUUAGGAAGCAACUGCAUUUGCUGAACAGUCAGUUAAUCAAAAUGGAACAGGAAGUGACUGUGAUCAUGCAGAACAUAUACAAGUUACAGGAACAGCUCCCACAGAAGAUCAUUCCCAUACCGUCAAGUGGAAUCAAGCCCCAAGCUUACCUAAGCCAAAGCACUCUAGUGGAGAUGACAGUUGGGAUGAAGAAAUUAAAAGAAGAGAUGGAAGGCGUAGUCAAAGAGCUAGAAGAAAACAAUCUUUUUUUGGAGAGGUUUGGCACUUUGACAGUAGAUGGUGGACUGAGAAAUGUGGACCGAAUGUGAAAGCAGUGCACAGCUGAGAUACAGCUCUUACAACUAGGGUUGGACUCUUUGAAAGUGAAAAAUAGCUUUGAGGAUUGAAGAAAUGAUGUAUUCUUGUAAAUAUGCUCAUUUUCGAUGUAAAUACUGAUUUGAGUCGUAUGAAAAUUUCUAAUUUUACCGGUUUUACUUUUUCUUUUAAUUAUAGCUAAGUCUCAUAGGCUGCUUUACUUGACAUCUGUGCUUUUUUCUGUCAUAAUAUUACCACUUAUUUUUUGUUAGCAGAUAACCUCUGCAUUAGUAGACUGUACUGUAUUCCUUUCUCAGUACUGCACAUGACCACUUCUAAAAACCUCUUUCAUUACUGUAUUAGUAUUUUUCCCCAAACGUGUCAAAAAAGCAAAAUGGAGGAACUAUUAAAGGUACAAAGUGUGGCUUAGAUCACUAAUUAAGACUCAUUUAUUAAUAAUACAACUGUAAUAUAAGUGUAGUAUUCAGAUUUAUAAUUUGAAUGUAGGAUGCUUUGUAUUUUACAUGGUUUCAGGUAUAUAAAAACUAUGGACAUUAAGCUCUACAUUAAAAUGGUCAACUGUG